AUGACACUCGGCACCGAAACUAUCGGCCUCCUCCGCCAGAACCUCGACGCGCUGACAUUCAUCCUCUCGCCGGCGCAGCACGGCCGCACGACCGAGGGCGAGCGCAAGACCGCGCUGCACACAGUCCAGGUGACGGCCGAGGCGGGGGCCAAGCUCGCUGAGGCCGUGCAUGUGAAUGCGGUGACGUCGGGCGGACUGGGAACGGGGGUGAGCACACGCGCCGCUGUGGCGGAGACGAUGGAGACGGAGGUUGAGCCGGUCAGGUUGGUUCCGGCGAAGACGGAGGUUGAGCCAAUCAGCGUGGUGUCGGCGAAGACGGCGAGGGUUUGGCCGCAGUAUAUACCGCCGUCGCAGCGGACGAGUACGUCCACAAUUGGAGUUGAUCGCGGCCCCAGGUAG